GCAGAGAAAUAGUGUGGAGACUCAUAGGUAGAGUAUUACACGAAUAGGUACCUUGCCGUCCCCAGGUGACUCCUUAGUCCUUGGAGAAGAGAGAACGUUAUCAAGUUCUAGUGCGCGCGUAAGUGUUUGAGUGGGUGGGUGUAUGUGUGUAUAUGCUAGCUAGGACAGCGCUGCAUGGCUGCAGGUAAAGCGGCCUGUUACCAUCAGCGACACGUCCGCGUCUCCACUGGACGCCGCUACCAAGGUGAGAAACAUGUCCAAGAACAAGCUGCAUCAUCACAUCAACAGCAGUAUCGUCGCCGUUAAGAGCAAGUUUGAUGCAGACAUCAUUAGAUUUUCCAUUAAUCGCAAUGAGUCCACCAGCUAUGACAAUUUUAGAAAUCUGUUGGCAGAGAGACAUGACAUAGGACCAGAUUUUAGUUUUAAUAUUUACUACACUGAUCCCACUGAUGGGGAUCUUUUACCAAUUAACAAUGACAACAACUUGGCAAGGGCACUUGUUGCUGCCAAGCCACUCUUGAGAAUUUUAAUACAGAGGCAAGGUGAAGGACUGGAAGAAAUGAAUGGCAGCAGUACUUUGAAACAUAAAAAUAUAUUAUCCAGCAUCUUGAGUGGUACACCAGGAAAACCAAAACCACUUGCUAUCUCAAAUCCUCAUGACUUUAGACAGGUGUCGGCUAUUAUUGAUGUUGACAUUUUACCUGAAACUUGUCGUCGUGUUAAACUUUUGAAGCAUGGGUUAGAUAAGCCUCUUGGUUUUUACAUAAAGGACGGUGAAAAUUUUAGACUAGGGCCAGAUGGCACGUUUGAGAAAGUACCAGGAGUAUUUAUUAGUAGGCUUGUACCAGGUGGUUUAGCGGAAGGUACAGGUUUGUUGGCGGUCAACGACGAGGUGCUAGAAGUUAACGGGAUUGAAGUUGCCGGAAAAACUCUUGAUCAGGUUACAGACAUGAUGAUUGCAAAUUCAUCAAACUUGAUAAUCACUGUAAAACCCGCAAAUCAAAGAACAGCAUUGUCUAUGCCGCGACGAGGUUCAUUCUCUCGUAACAGUCAGUUAUCAUCCGGUAGUCAACAGUCAAUGCAGAGUGCUGCAACUGGAAGUGACGAGGAAAUUGACGAAAUAGUUGAUCUGACAGGUGUGAAUUUACACGACGACGCGUCCAGCUCCUCGCAUCACCAGUCUCAUCACCAUCACCACCAUCACAAUCGAGGUUUCAGCCAUCAUGACCAAGGUGUCUUACAUCUUUGAAAAUCCUUCAUUUUCCUUAAUUUUUUAAAUAUUCUGGUCAAUGAAAAAAUACUCUUACAUGAAAACGAAGCGAUAGACACAUUGGCUUCCUAAUUUUGAGUUGAUACUUAUGAUUGCGCAGUUCGAAUAUACUGCAAAGCCACAGUGCCUCAUUGAUUGGCCCAUCAAUAAGAAAUCUAGAGCAAAGAGAUAUUUUUUAUACUGAAAAGUUUGUUCUAAUUGCAAGUAGGCAGGCAAUGAUAACUUAAAAUAUUUAUACUAUUGAAAGCAACGUUAUAGCUCGAUAUAGUAUAGACAGACGAGUACUUUGCAUCAUAAAAAAAAAUACUUGAUUUCCAUGGUGCAAAGAUAUUAUUGUAAAUUUUUAAACCAGUUUUGCUUCAGUUAUGAUGAUAAUCAAGAUGAAUUUGAAAGCAAAACUAAGUAAUCAAUUUUUUUUAAGGCUUUUGCUAUUUGAUUUAUAAGUUAUACAGAAAAAUAAAAAUAUCGAUAUUUAAUUUAAUUUAAUAGGAGUUACAAAAAAACUAGCAAUAUCGCGACUGUCAUUUAGAUAUUAUUGAAAAGACCAGUGUAUUGGUCGAAUUUUACAAAUGUAUAUUGUCGAGUACUUAAUAAUUUCGUGGGGAUUUCAACCGUAUUUCACGUAAAGAAAAUUCUCAAGAAUUCAGUUAGUGCAUAGUAUUUUAAUCUAAAACUAGCAGAUUUUACUGAUUAGAAAUCAGUUUAGUAUGCUUUUAUAUUACAGGAGUUUUUCUUCCAACUUCUUUGACAACCAUAUUUUACGUAACAUUAGGUACACACAUUAUUUUCUUAAUAAACUGUUGCCUCCGAAGUCUUUAUAUAUAAUUAUACAUAUUCAUAAAAGUCA